GUGUGCAUGGGAUGGGCAGCCACAAAGAGGACUUCCGCUUCUGUGCUGAGCGAAGACAAACGGUUGGAGGCCACAUUCGUUAUGACACUCAGCAGGAUGCUAUCACUAUCUCCAAUGGUGCCGACGGACUUAAUAUCAGUGCCCCGUUCCCACCGGGACCUCAGCAAUCCUGGGCCUUGCCUUCACAUUUGGGGACUUACCGCUUCUGCGUUUAUUGGUUUCAGGAUGACCAUCUGUUCAAUCUUACCUAUGGCAUCACUCAUUCCUAUCAGCUGAGUAACCAAGCCAAUUAUUCAUUCUCCUCUCUAAAUUUCAACUACGAAGGGAGCAAAGAUGGGCCUGAUUUACUCAACAAUAUCUCCUACGCCUUCAACGAUGGCUUUGACAAUCGCUCCCUUCCGAGCAUGACAAGAUACAAGUUCUUCUUAGAUUUUCGGAAGAUAGAUCAGAAGGAAGCGUUGGUUCAAAACAGCAACGUGGAAGAAGAAAUGAGACGAACAGAGUUAAAACUGAAGAACUUGGAAACACGUCCUAGCAGUGAUCAGGAUGGGCCUCCGGAAGAUCCGUUUUUGUGAAUAUUUGGCAGCCAAUCUGCAUUCUUAUUCAUUUGUAUUUAAAAAAAGUAGGCACUGUGUAUUGCAGAAGUCCUCAAACUUGGCAACUUUAAGACUUGUGGACUUCAACUCCCAGAAUUCUCCAGCUGGCUGGAGAAUUCUGCGAGCUGAAUUCUACAAGUCUUAAAGUUGCCAAGUUUGAAGGCCUCUGAUGUAUUUUGACUGCAAAAAGGAGUGAGAUGGAGCAGGGUGGCUGGAGGUAUGCUUUGCACAAGUCUUGCACACAAGUCCGAUUGUUGCAAGUGGUGGGAGAUGCGCUUUACCUGCAUAUUACAAAGUCAAAAGAGAUAUUUUAUCUUAUCUCAUAUCAAAACAGGUUUGAAAUAGGAGCUAGCAUGGUUUUCAGAGUAUAAGACGUUCCAAAGUAUAAGACACAC